AUGGCCGCUAACAAGGAAUUCGCUCUCCUGUGUCUGGAGAACCCCCUGCUUGAUAUCCAAGCCGUUGGUGACAAGGCUCUUCUCGACAAGUACGGCCUCAAGGACAACGAUGCCAUCCUGGCCGAGGAGAAGCACGCCCCGCUCUACGAGGACCUGCUGAACAACUACGACGCCAAGCUGAUUGCUGGAGGUGCCGCCCAGAACACCGCCCGUGGUGCUCAGUACAUCCUGCCCCCCAACAGCGUCGUCUACCUCGGCGGUGUCGGUGAUGACAAGUACGCCGCCACCCUCCGUGACGCCGUCAAGCAGGUCGGCCUCCGCGUCGAGUACCGUGUCGACCCCAAGAUCCCCACGGGACGAUGCGGUGUUGUCAUCACUGGACACAACCGCAGUCUCUGCACCGACCUGGGUGCCGCCAACCACUAUGACCUUGAGCACUUGAAGAGGGAAGACAUAUGGGCUCUGGUCAAGGGUGCUCAGUUCUACUACGUCGGUGGAUACCACUUCACUGUCUGCCCGGCCGCCAUCCAGACCCUCGGAGAGGAGGCCGCUGCCAACGACAAGGUCUUUGUCGUCAACGUCUCGGCUCCCUUCAUUGCCCAGUUCUUCAAGGACCCUCUCGACGAGUCGUCCAAGUACUGGGACUACGUCAUUUGCAACGAGACCGAGGCCGCCGCCUAUGCUGAGUCUCACAACCUCAACGUUGCCGCGACCGACAUUGCCGCCAUUGCCAAGCACCUCGCCAACCUGCCCAAGGCAAACACCAAGCGCCCCCGUGUCGCUGUCAUCACCCACGGAACCGAGCCCACCGUGGUCGCCCAGCAGGGCGUCGACGAGGUCAAGUCCUACCCUGUCCACGCCAUCAGCAAGGAGCAGAUCAACGACACCAACGGUGCCGGUGAUGCCUUUGCCGGUGGUUUCGUCGCCGGUCUCGUCCAGGGCAAGACCCUGGACGAGGCUGUUGACUUGGGUCAGUGGUUGGCUCGUCUCAGCAUCCAGGAGCUGGGUCCUUCUUACCCCUUCCCCAAGCAGACCUACGCCAAGGCAUAA